AUGGGAAGCCACAUGAGUAGGAAAAGAGUGGAGGUGAAUGCAAAUACCUAUCGGAGUUCGUCCGACGCAACUUCAACGACGAUACUGACACGAGCUAGAUACAGUCCCGGCAAGAGGUUGAUUGGUGAUUUUGUUUCUACUCCAGAACAAUGCGCCUCGUGGAUCAUGUACAUUGAGACGGUCAUAACACUUGGUCGAUCAAACUUACUAGUCGACAUGAUUCAGAACAUUGAUCAGCAAAAAUACAAAGGUCUUCAAUCCAUUUCUUCUGAAGAUCCCAAUAGUACGACUUCAAUUCGUGGAGAAAUACCAGGCUUGGCAUGCUGUGAUUAA